AUAGGCAGCGCUUGGGAUGCCCAUCCACUUCUUUGCAGAACCAAAGUACCAGGAGCAGCAAAGUCAACGAGGGCCGUCAGCUCCCAAAUGGGCCUCUUUGGAGUGUUGCCCUUCUUGCUGGUCUCCUGCAUCACCUUCUUGCUUAUCCUAAUCCGGAGGAGAGAUGCCACAAAGGGCAAACUGCCCCCAGGCCCCACCCCAUUGCCUUUGCUAGGCAAUUUGCUCCAGUUGAAUAUUCGGGACAUCGUCGCGUCUUUUAAUAAGCUCCGGAAGCAGUAUGGCCCAAUCUUCACUGUCUACAUGGGCUCCCGGCCAAUUGUGGUGCUGUGCGGUUAUGAAGUCAUCAAGGAAGCACUUGUGGAUAACGCAGAAACAUUUGGAGGAAGGGGACCAAUACAGGACUUGGAUGACUUCUCGUCGAAAUACGGAGUGGUUCCAACCAAUGGGGAACGGUGGAGGCAGCUCCGUCGCUUCUGCCUCACAACUCUGAGGAACUUUGGGAUGGGGAAGAGAUCCAUCGAGGAGCGGAUCCAGGAGGAGGCCCAGUUCCUGGUGCAAGUGCUGCGGAAAAUGGAAGGGCACCCAUUUGAUCCAACCAUUCACCUCAGUCAUGCUGUCUCUAACGUCAUCUGCUCCAUUGUUUUUGGCAACCGGUUUGAAUAUGAGGACAAGGACUUCAUCUUUUUACUUGACACGAUGAAGGAAACCUCAUCAGUUCUGUUGUCCACCUGGGUACAGAUCUGCAAUUUUUUCCCAAGCUUAAUGAGGAUCCUGCCUGGGCCUCAGCAUAAACUGUCCAGGUACAGGAAGAAGUUUAUAAACUUCAUCUCUCAGAGGGUCAAGAUGCACCAGGAGUCCUUUGAUCCAAAUUGCCCUCGGGACUUCAUUGACUGCUUCCUGGCCAAAAUGGAGCAGCUUUCUGUAGACGUACAAAUUAGCCCCAGGUUUGAUAACAUUGCUCUUUUCUUCUUCUUCUUUCCGUGUCAGGAGAAAACAAACCCAGCUUCAGAAUUCAUUCAUGAAAACCUGUUUGCUACAGUGCUCAACCUAUUCGUUGCAGGGACAGAAACAAGUGGCAACACCAUCCUACAGGGCCUUCUUGUCCUCCUCCGAUACCCAGAAAUGGAAGCAAACAUUCAAGAGGAGAUUGAGCGGGUCAUUGGGAGGAACCGCAGCCCCUCCUACGAGGACCGGAAUCAGAUGCCCUACACAGAAGCCUUCAUCAAUGAGAUCCAGCGAUUUCUAGACCUCUCCCCAAUGGCAGCUCCUCAUUUAGUCACCCAGGAAGCACAUUUCCGAGGGUUCACCAUUCCGAAGGGCACCACCGUUAUUCCUUUCCUGUCAACCAUCAUGAAGAGCUCCCAGUACUAUGAGACACCCAGGAAGUUCAAUCCUGGCCACUUCCUGGAUGAAAACGGGGCCUUCAAGAAGGUGGAUGCCUUCCUGCCAUUCGGAGCAGGAAAAAGAGCUUGCCCUGGUGAAGGUUUGGCCCGUAUGGAGAUCUUCGUGUUCCUCACAACACUGUUGCAAAACUUCCAUCUGAAAACGCUUGAGCAGCGGGACGAAAUAGACAUUGCACCAGAAGUGGAAAAAAAAGGUAAAUGGAUUAUUACCCAGGAGAAGAAAGCAAAGAUCUUGAAACUGAAAAUGAACUUCAUAAUUUGA